AUGGCUAACAACAAUAACAGCCAACCUUCUUCAAAAGAGACAUCGACUCACUUGCAACCAAUCCAACACAACGGCAUCGAAAUGACUUAUUCAAGUCAACCAGAAAAAUUCAGGGAGAAACCACAACAGACCAACAGACCGAAAAAAACUUCUCAACACCGACGAAAACCGACGGAAAAUGAAAGAGAUAGGCAAAAGGCCGAAGUAGAAAAGUCAGAGAACGAACUGAAAAGCCUUUUGACACAAUUUGGCUCCAAAGCGAAAGCUGCCGACGAAUUGGACAGGGAUGCAACCAAACUUCGCAGUAAUCUUGAGAGUCUUUUGAACAGAGUUCAGAACAAGGGAAAGCCACCGCAACCAACUCAAAUACAAACAACCUCAGAGAACUGGCGCAGUUCUUUUCUAACCGUAUGGAAUGGCAUAAUAUCAUUCGUUAUUUUCAUAAUCACCCUAAUAAGACGCAUACUCGGAACGGUUUAUCGUGUAAUAAACUUGAGGACUUUAUUGCUCGUCAUAUUAUUUAUAGAAUUGGCAGUAGUCAUUCUAAUUUGGACAAUUAAGAGGACACAUCAUACAUACUUGUACGUUGAACCAUACGAGGCAGUUGUACACGGAACUUUUGGAGUAGAACAAUCGACAUCAUGGAAUUUUCUGUGGUCCUUCAUAUCGUCGAUACAAGACUUCUUCGCGGAAGUGAUGAACGGAGGUCGUGGGUUUGGUAGUCCAGGAUAUGAUGGAUUCGUGCCGACAUAA